UUUGCAACAAGAUCAUCUCUAAAGAGCUUGCAGACCGAUCUUUUUGUGGAUUUUCACUGUAAAAAUUUACAUCAUAACUUUGGCUUAAGGAUGUGCUCUAUAGUCAUGCUUCAUCAGUGGAGUCUGGCUGUGUUCUUGCUGUGCUCCCCAGUGACUCUUGAUGGGAGACCAGUUGAUGCACUUAGUAGCAGAACGAGGAGGUCAGUGAGCCACGCCCAGCUGAUGCAUGACAAGGGCCGCUCCUUGCAGGAGUUCAAACGUCGCAUGUGGCUGCAGGAGCUGCUGGAGGAGGUGCACACAGCCGAUGAGCGAGCGCCACCCCUGCAGAGUGGAACCCCGAGCCAAACCUUCAGUGGGAAUGCUCUACACCAGAAGCCCCCAGGGGCCACCAAAAACCUCCCUGACAGAUUCAGGCUGGACAGAGAGGGCCCUAACCUGCCCCAGGAGACCAACAAGUCUCUGGCUUAUAAGGACCAGCCACUUAAAGUGGCCACCAAGAGGAAAAAAAAGGUGAGGUUAGGCCGGCGUAGAGAGAAUGACAAGAAGCGGAGGCGGGCACGGUCUAUCACAAUGAAGGAGCCAUAAAGGACGCGGCACCCUGGCUGAGAGACUCCCACUAGCCUGUAUAUGGGACUGCACUAAGACACUGACACAGUUCCAGCUAGACCGAGGUCUGACGGACUUGAACCACGGUUGACUCAGUCACAGUCAUAUCCAAGGGCCCGGGGCUGUGCUUGUAUGAUAACAUUUUGCUAAUUGUGUAUUGUUGUGUUUUAAAAAAAAUCUCGUACUUCCUGGAGGUUCAUCAUAACAUCUUCUUAGGUCCAUAUUUAUUUGGAAACUCUUCACGCCUCUGUAACCCCCAUUCAAUUCAAAACAAUGUGUAUGUUAUCAUCUCUAAACAGUGUGCACAAGUAGAACAUCGGUGGAAGUAUUUAUUGCCUGAAUAUAAUGUAACUUCACAAAAAUUGGGAUGCUGAGUGGUCUACUUUUGUUUGGCUCUAUACGUGUUGACUAUCGUGGACUUACAGUUACAGACAAACUGUUCAAUUAAUACAUCUGUUCGAACUGUUCUGCCAUAAUUUAUUUCACUUUGAAAGUGUAUAUUUAUUUUGUGAAUGUAUCAUGGUGCUGCUGACUAAAUUCCAUAAUGCACUUUAGUUAUAUCCUGUAAAUGUUCUUUUGUGGUUGAGUUUUAAUUUGAUGUUUCUUUUGAUGGUCCUGCUUUCCUUUCCCACCUUAGAUCCCUCAUGGACUUGUAACUUAUUGGAUGCUUCAUCAAACCCACUCUCAUCAUCUUACAUUAUAGUUUAUUUUUAUAGAACAAG